CUCUGAAUAGCCAGCCCUUCAAGCUCACUGUUGAGUAAAAUUUCUGGGCCUAUCAUUUGACAACAAGCGACUGCUGGCCUCGAACCCGUUUCCAUGGCCGCUCCGUUAAUACUCAGCAGGUCCCCGACAUGCCUGAGCUGUCUGCGUCGGCUCGCGAGCCCAAUUGCUAGCAGCAGCAGCAGCAGCAGCAGCGGCAGAUGGGGUCCCCUGACGGCUGCUACCCACGCCCAAGUCCAAGUCCGGGGCAAGAAGAAGUCCGCCCGUCGCCAGGACCAGGUCGGCAUUGUCGUGCGACUGCUUGAGGAUAUUCCCAAGUUCGGCCGCAAAGAUGCCAUCUUCCCAGUCGAGCGCGGCCGGAUGCGCAACCAGUGGUUCCCAGGCGGGAAGGCCGAGUACAUGACGGAGGCGCGGUUCCGCGAGCUGGGGCUGACCCGCGACGACGUGGGCGAGCGCGACAACCUGUUCGGCAGCUCCGCCCCCGUGCCGGACGAACUCGAAGUGGUCGAGGAGACCCCGGCGCCUGGGAUUGAGGUCCACGGUCUUUCUCCCGAGCGCGCCCACGCCCUCCUCUCCUUCCUCGUCCCCGAGACCCUAACCUUCACGCGGAAGCCCAUCCACGCCACCGCCACCUCCCCCGAACAGCAGCAACAACGACAGCAACCAGAGCAACCACGCUCCCCGCUCCUCGCCUCCAACGCCACCGUCUCGACUACUACCCCCUCGGCGCCGGCACAACCCGACUCUCCCGCCGCCGCCUCUCCGGAUCCGGCGGCAGCGCCAUCCCCGCUCGCCAUCUUCGGCUCCGUCUCCCUGACCGACGUCGUCGCCGCCGUCAGGAACCUGCUGAUCACGGACCCCGAGGCCAGCCGGAUCGUCCUCGGGCCCGAGCACGUCCGCUUCGUGGGGCUCGGCGAGGGCGUCGACCGCGUCAAGAGUCUCGGGCGGUGGGAGGUCGAGAUUUACCUCGCCGCUGUCGGGGCCGCUGGCCGGGACUCCGGCGUCGAGCCUGUCAGGAAGGUUGUCGAGGUUCUGGCUGGGGAGUGAGUUGGUUUGGGUUGAGUUGAGUUGAGGUGGGAUGUUGAAGGGAAGCGAGCUUGGGGGGGCUUGUAUCUGUAUGAUCAAGAGUGUCUGGUAUGGUAUAGGUAUACUUUGUAGAAAUAGGUCACCUUCCCGUUAUUAUUAACCAACCAAUCGUGAAUACACUUGGAACUCUA